GGGGGAGAAAGAAGAGAAGAAGAAAAUUCCUAUGGAAACUCAUUUGCUUCGAAAAUCAUUUAUAUAUUUAACGUUCUUCAAGAGAGAAGCAUCUUCAGAAAAUUGACACUUUUUCAUUUCGAAAAAGGAGUUGAUUUUAAUUUGGUCAAAUUCUCAGGCCAAUUAGAAAGAAAUAAACAAAAAUGGAUAAGAACGCUUUCCCCCUAAUCGAAAAAUCAGGAAAUGGAACUCAAAGAAAAAAUAACCAAGAUGAAGAAGUGGGACGAACUGAAGAAUUUGAUCCUUUUGCUCAUCGGGACCAGAAAACUUCAACGACAGAUUGUGAUACUCUAAUGCAUUUAUUAAAAGCAUGCUUAGGAUCUGGAAUUUUAUCAAUGCCUGACGCAUUUAAAAAUGCAGGUUAUCUUAUGGGAUUUAUAUCAACUUUUCUUGUUGCCUUCAUUUGUACACAUUGUUCUUAUAUUCUUGUAAAAUGUGCACAUGUUCUUUACUACCGAUGCAGACAAUCACAAAUGACCUUUGCGGAAGUGGCGGAAGCUGCAUUCUCCACAGGUCCAGAAUGGGGAAAAAAAUUCGCAAAACCCUUCGGAUAUCUAAUUAGAAUUUGUCUCUUCAUAACAUAUUUCGGAGCAGUGAGCGUUUAUUCAGUGAUUAUUGCCGAAAAUUUCAAACAAGUAUUGGAUCAUUACUUCAAUACAGACAUUAACCUACGAAUUUUUAUAGCAUGUUUACUGAUUCCAUUGAUUCUUAUGUGUUGGAUUCCGAAUUUAAAAUAUCUUGCACCAUUUUCAAUGGUUGCGAAUGGUUUUAUGGGAAUCAGUUUGGCAAUUGCAUUUUACUAUUUGAUUAAGAACUUUCAUCCAUUGAGUGAAGUUCCAAUGACAGCUGAAAUAAGUAAAUUUCCAAAUUUCGUCAGUAUCACUAUAUUUGCAAUCGAAGCUAUCGGUGUGAUAAUGCCUUUGGAGAACAAAAUGAAAAAUCCAAGGAAUUUCUUGGGCAAUUUUGGAAUUCUUAAUAAAGGAAUGCUGGGAGCAACUAUUAUUUAUGCAAUUGUAGGAUUUAUGGGAUAUUGUGCAUACGUUGACAAAACGAGUGCUUCUAUUACUCUCAAUUUCCCUCAACAAGAAAUUGCCUCACAAAUCGCAAAAAUAUUUAUCGGCCUAGCUGUUCUUGUCACAUUUGGAUUACAAUUUUACGUCUGCUUGGAUAUUGCCUGGAAUUCAAUGAAGGAUAAUUUUAAAUCGAGACCGAUCUUUGCUAAUUAUAUUUUAAGAACAAUUCUUGUGAUAUUGUCUGUUUUAUUGGCAAUUGCCGUACCAACAAUCUCCCCAUUCGUUGGUUUAAUUGGUGCCGUUUGUUUCACGAUAUUAGGCCUCUUGAUACCAGUCGCCAUUGAAAUGGUAACAUUCUGGGACGAAGGUUUCGGUCCAUGUAACUGGAUUCUCAUCAAAAAUAUUAUAAUCGUCAUUGUUGGUUUAAUAGCCGCAAUAUCGGGCGCCAAUGGUUCCCUUGUAGAAAUUUUUAAAAUGUACUCGAAAUAGUGGUGAAUUAGUAACUAUUUUUUUAAUAAUUCGACGACUCGCUUUAUUUAGGAGUUAAUUCUUUUUUUUACUCAAGUAAACAAUUUUUUCUACAACUGUAUUAAUUAGUAUUUUUUAAAGAGACUGUUUUUAAUUUUUAAAUAAAUUUAAUAAAUUGUAAUAUAGAAA